AUAAUUUUUUGUCAAAUUAAAAUUCGUAUCAAAAAUGGUGGCACUUGAUGCUGAUAUGAACAGGGACGACGACUGCGACAAUACGGGGCUAGGAUGCGCAUUAGAACAUUUUUCUGAAGUGGAAGAUGUGUUAAAUAUGAUCGACAAUGUAAAAAAUAUUUAUUACACACCUGCUUUUGAAGUAGAGUAUGAUAAAUUGUACACUAUAUUAAAACAGUAUUAUGAACAACCUCACCUACUCGACCCCCACUUGGACAAAAUGCUGGCUAAAUUUAUGACUAUAAUUAAGGACAAGGAAUCUCCGUUCGAAUUAAAACACGCCACUUUUAACUAUAUGUAUCAAAUUAUAAGAGUAAGAGGCUAUAAGGUUGUUGUACGACACUUGCCUCAUGAGGUUUCAGACCUCCUUACUGUUCUUACAUAUCUCGAGGCUCAAGAUCCUAAUGAUAAGGAAACUUGGCGGAGUAGAUUUGUGCUGCUGUUAUGGCUUUCCAUUGUAGUUAUCAUUCCAUUUCAUAUGAGUCGACUUGAUGGAUUUGCACCUGAUCAACCUGGAGCUGGUACUUCUAAGAAGAUAACAGUCAUGGAGAGAAUUUUCAACAUUUGUAAGACAUAUGCACUUAGCAAAGAUAGUUGUGCAGAAGCAAGUGCAUAUCUAGCUUCUAAAUUUUUGAUAAGAUCCGAUGUUAAAGAACUAUAUAUGAAUUCUUUUUUCAAUUGGGCUUGUGAUCUACAUUCCAAUAUACAAGCAGAAGACACCAUACACUAUGGAGUAUUAGCAGCAGUAGCGGCUGUGCUCAAACAUGGGAAAAGAGAUGAUCUACUGCCAUACACACCCAAGCUACUAGAGUGGGUAACAACUCAGAAUUAUAAGCAACAUAAUGCAAUGUUGGUCAGAAAGUAUGGUGUAAAGAUUGUUCAAAGAAUAGGUUUAACAUUCCUGCGUCCGCGCGUCGCAUCGUGGAGAUAUACGCGCGGUUCACGAUCUCUCGCUAUCACAUUGGGUAGCAGCACCGCUGCAGCGGGUGAUACAGAGCCUAUGACCACACCACCCGAUGAUGAUGAUCAGGAUAUACCACAGGAGGUGGAGGACGUGGUGGAGUUGUUGCUGUGCUCUCUGCGCGACGAGGACACGGUGGUGCGCUGGUCGAGCGCGAAGGGCGUGGGCCGCAUCGGCGCGCGUCUGCCCGCGCUCGCCGCCGCCGACGUCUGCGACAGCGUGCUCACGCUCUUCGCGGACAACGAGCGCGACACGGCUUGGCACGGCGGCUGCAUGGCGCUUGCCGAGCUCGGUCGGCGCGGCCUGAUCUCGCCGCGCCAGCUGGGCGAGGCGGUGCGGUGCGCGGCGGCGGCGCUGGCGCGCGACGAGCCGCGCGCGGCGGGCGGCGGCGGCGGCGGCGGCGGGCGCGCGGCGCGCGACGCGGCGUGCCACGCCGCCUGGGCCAUCGCGCGCGCCUACGACGCGCCCGCGCUCGCGCCGCACGCGCGCGUCCUGGCCGCCGCGCUCAUCGCCACCGCCUGCUUCGACAGGGAGAUAAACUGCCGGCGCGCCGCAUCAGCCGCGUACCAGGAGAACGUAGGGCGACACGGGCUGUUCCCGCACGGCAUCGACGUGUUGACGGCAGCUGACUUCCAGUCAGUGGGUCCGCGGGCACACGCCUACCUGGUGGUGGCGCCGUACGUGGCCACCUUCCCGGAGUACACGCGGCCCCUGCUCGACCACCUCGUCGACCUCAAGCUGGAGCACUGGGACUGCGCCGUCCGGGAGCUGGCGGCUAAGGCUCUUCACAAGCUCACUGAUAAGACUCCAGAAUACGUGGCUAACGAAGUAUUACCCAAAUUAAUAAAGAAGACUGAAUCUAUAGAUCUCAAUGUGCGGCAUGGUGCUAUUCUCGGUAUCGGGGAGGCAAUACAUGCUCUCUCUCAAACCGUUUUACCUGAUGGCGCCGCGGGCGGGGCGCUGGUGCGCGCGGAGGCGUGGCGCGCGGUGUGCGCGCUGGCGGGCGGGCUGCGCGCGCGCCAGCAGCUGCGCGGGCUGGGCGGCGAGCUGCUGCGGCAGGCCGCGUGCCGCUGCGCCGCGCGCCUGGCCCGCGCCGCCGCGCCGCUGCGGGGGGCGCUCGACGAGUGGUUAAACCUCAUUGAAGAGUGCCUCGCACACGAAGUGCAGGCGAUACGAGAAAAAGCGAUCGAGGCGUUGCCGCAUGUGUUUGAACAGUACUUGCAGGAUGAUAACUUGAAGUACGGUGACAUGACAGCCAAGCAGAAGAGAAUGCAACUCGUUGACAAGUACUGCGAACAGUUGAGCAACACGGGGGUCAAUGGACUUGUGUUGCGGAUGGGAUAUGCCCGUGCUAUAGGCGCGUUGCCAAAGUUCGUCCUCGAGGAACAAAUGCAGUUAGUAAUCCAGUCACUAAUAGACUGCACUAAAGUAACUGAGAGUACAUCGAAAUGGGCGGAGGCUCGCCGCGACGCAGUUAUAGGACUCACGGAAGUGUGUCAGACAUUGUGUCUCGGCAGUGGGUUGGAUAAGUUCGUGCCUGACAUCCGUGCCGCCUUGCUGGAAUGCCUCUCAGAGUACACUGUGGAUAUGAGGGGAGAUAUUGGAGCGUGGGUCCGCGAGGCGAGCAUGACUGGUCUGCUGGCUCUGUGCCGCCAGUGCGCGCGCUCGGCGCCGCACCUGAACGCGGCGGACGGCACGCUGGCCACGCUGCGCGGCGUGGCGCAGCAGGCCGUGGAGAAGAUCGACCGCACUCGCGCGCACGCGGGCCGCGUCUUCACCGCGCUGCUCUACAACGACCCGCCGAUCGCCAACAUCCCGCACCACGAGGCGCUGAAGCGCAUCUUCCCGAGCGACGAGGUGGAGGGCGAGCAGGCCAGCGAGAGCUCGGCCGUGGUGCUGUGGCUGUUCCCCGGACACACCAUGCCGCGCUUCGUGCAGCUGCUGGCCUUCCCCGCCUACCGCUACCACGUGCUGCGCGGGCUGGUCGUCAGCGCCGGCGAGCUCACCGAGAGCCUGGUGAAACACACGACUCAAUCUCUAUUUUCCUACUUGAACACACUACAUAAUGAUAUGGAAACUUUGAAGAGCAUCUGCGACACCAUCAUCCAGGUGUUCGCGGACAACUUACACGUCAAACGGAUCACCGGCCCCAUGUUCAAUUUCCUAGAUAGACUUCUAAGUUCUGGUUCCAUAUCGCCGAUAUUGGAAGAUCCAGAAUCAACAUUUGCUCGAGAUAUACUAAAAUAUUUACAACUAGAACUAAGAGGUGGAAAAAAUAUUUAUAAAUUACUGGACUCGAUCAACGUACUGUGUCAACUUAUUCAGGUGCGCGGCGCGUGGGCGGCGGCGCUGGGCCAGCUGGCCGUGUACGUGUGCUACGCCGACCGCUACGUGCGGCGCUGCGCGGCGGCGCGGCUCUACGAGGCGCUCACGCUCUACGGCGAUGUCACCGGCCUGCCGCCCGACGACCUCGACAAGGUUAUGACAAUACUUGCCGAAACCGACUGGGAAAAGGAUGUUAGUGAGUUAAGGCCUAUCAGAAAUGAAAUUUGUGACCUAAUGGGUAUAAAACGGCCCGUUAUGAAGCAGAAGGCGCCUUAAAAUGCGAUUUUAAAUAUAUUUUUGUAUCUGAUAAUUUAGCUUGGAAAAUAAAAACCAAGAGAUUAUAUGUUGCUUAGUGCCUUUA